UUGGCGCCAAAUUCACGAGUUGUCAAACUGUCUUUGGUUGUCAUUGCUGCAUUUUUAAUUUUUAUUCUAGUUUAUGUUUUUAAUUAUUAUCAGAUUCAAUUUAACAAAGGCUAAUUAAAAUAGAAUUUACAAAAUGGAAGAUGGAGAUUUUGACCAACGCUUAAGAGAUUUACAAAGAGAAUAUUUGGAGUUUUUAGACGAUGAGGAAGACCAAGGAAUAUAUAUGGAAGCCGUAAAACAAAUGGUAGCAGAUAAAUCUCAGCGACUUAUUGUUAAUGUGAAUGAUCUUAGAAGAAAGAACCCGGAGCGGGCUAAAAGCUUGCUGCAGAAUGCUUUUGAAGAGCAAAUAGCGUUUCAGAAAGCUUUAAAAGAAUAUGUAUCAUCUAUCGACCCCACAUAUGCCAAAGUGAAAGAGGAAUUCUUUGUUGCUUUCUCUGGUAGUUUUGGUAACAAACAUGUUACUCCUAGGAGCUUGACGUCUCGGUUUCUGGGAAACCUGAUAUGUGUGGAGGGUAUUGUGACAAGAGUGUCCCUAGUAAGACCAAAAGUAGUUCGAAGCGUGCACUAUUGUCCAGCCACCAAGAAAGUAAUGGAACGUAAAUACACAGACCUCACCUCAUUUGAAGCAUUCCCUACAUCUGCUGUAUACCCCACUAAGGAUGAUGAAGGUAAUCCCCUAGAGACAGAAUUUGGUCUGUCCCGCUACAAAGACCACCAGACUAUAACAGUGCAGGAGAUGCCGGAGAAGGCACCUGCUGGCCAGCUACCUAGGAGUGUUGAUAUAAUCUGUGAUGAUGACCUGGUGGACAAAUGCAAGCCUGGGGACAGAGUACAAGUGGUUGGCAACUACCGGUGCCUGCCAUCAAAACAGGGCAGCUUUACUGCUGGCACAUUCAGAACAAUAUUAAUAGCUAACAACAUAACACAAAUAAAUAAGGACAUGAAUCCAAAUAUUACAUUAGAAGAUAUCAAACUAUGCAAGAGGCUAGCUAAACGUGCCAAUGUUGAUAUGUUUGAGAUGUUGAGUAAGUCGUUGGCACCGUCUAUACAUGGCCAUGACUUUAUAAAGAAGGCCAUACUUUGCUUGCUGCUCGGAGGGAUGGAGAAGAUUUUGCCUAAUGGCACACGAUUGAGAGGUGACAUCAACAUUCUACUAAUCGGCGAUCCUUCAGUGGCAAAGUCGCAACUACUUCGCUACGUGCUGAUGACGGCCCCGCGCGCCAUCACCACCACCGGCCGCGGCUCCUCCGGCGUAGGUCUCACCGCCGCCGUCACCACUGACCCGGAGACUGGAGAUAGGCGGCUUGAGGCGGGCGCGAUGGUGCUGGCAGACCGCGGCGUGGUGUGCAUCGACGAGUUCGACAAGAUGUCGGACGUGGACCGCACGGCCAUCCACGAGGUGAUGGAGCAGGGCCGCGUCACCAUCGCCAAGGCGGGCGUGCACGCCGCCCUCAACGCGCGCUGUUCCGUUCUCGCCGCCGCCAACCCCGUCUACGGCAGGUACGACCAAUACAAGACGCCGAUGGAGAACAUCGGGCUCCAGGACUCGCUGCUGUCGCGUUUCGACCUUCUGUUCGUGAUGCUGGACAUUGCUGACGCCGACCACGACAACAUGAUCUCCGAGCAUGUACUACGGAUGCAUAGAUACAGAAACCCAAAGGAGCAAGAUGGGGAAGUUUUACCAAUGGGUUCAUCCGUUGAAAUGCUCUCAACGGAAAAUCCUGAUAACGAUGAAGUAGAGGAAACCAAUGAGUCCAUAUAUGAAAAGUAUGACCCUCUAUUGCACGGUAACACUCGCAGCAAGAAGGACCAGAUCCUGAGCACCAAGUUCAUGCGCAAGUUCAUUCACAUUGCGCGCCUCAUGAAGCCGAAACUCACCCAGGAGGCGUCCGACGUCAUCGCUGACGAAUACGCGAAGCUCAGAAACCAGGAUAUGAUGGACAGCGACGUGGCGAGAACGCAGCCGGUGACAGCGCGUACGCUGGAGACGCUGAUCCGGCUGGCCACCGCGCACGCUAAGUGCCGCCUCAGCUUCCAGGUCACACACGACGACGCCUCCGCCGCCAUCGACCUCGUGCAGUACGCAUAUUUCAAGAAGGUAUUGACGAAGGAGAGACGUCGCAAGCGUCGCGCGUCGUCGGACGAGGAGGCGGACGAUGCGGAGGCCGCGCCCGACAACCAGAAGCGACCGCGCGCCAAAAGAUCUCGCAAAGUGGAUGGCGAAAGCGAGGACCCGUACCAGUUCUCAUCGGACGAGGAAGCGGAGCCUGUCCUACGGGCGGCGCACUCCUCGCAGCCCGAGCCCACACAGCGGACCACCAGAUCCUCACAGAAGAGUAUAGACGCUAAAAGACUGGGUCAGUUCAAGAACGCUCUCCAGCAGCUGUUCCGCGACGAGCGCGCCAACUCGUUGCCUCUGGACCGCAUCACGAGCUACGUCAACGAGCAGUACUCGCACGAGACAUUCGACACUGCCGAGGUGCAUGCCGCGCUCGAGCGCAUGACGGCAGACAACCAAGUCAUGAUGGCUGAUGAUAUUGUAUUUUUGAUUUAACAAUACAAACUUGAUUUGUUGAUUGUAAAGCUAGGAACAUAUCAAUAACGUCAUACCAAUAUACCUUGAUUCUUGGUAUGAAAUAUACAUUACAAAAUUUUAUGAUAUGUUUUAAUUUUUUAAACAAAUUUAAAAGAUGCAGGUAUAAUACUAAAAAUGUUAACUAGCAAUAAACUGCAUCUUCAAAUGUCGUGUUUAAGUAUAACAGAUGUUCAAUUUCUCUAAAUUCAGGGUGAGAUACAUUUUUUAAAUGAUACAUUUACCAUGGAAAUUAAUAGAGAUCAUAGUAAUAAAAAUCAGGGAGUAUAUAGUGAUUACAGGAUAUAUCCGCCUCUAAAUGGGAAGUACAAAAUUAUGUGAAAUACACAUGAAUCUUGAUCUGUCUACCGAUCUAGGUAGUAAUAGUUGUGUAAGGCUGUGUAAACUGCUACGACAACUUUGUUAAUAGCAUUAAGGAAUCAUAAAUUUAAUUGCGAUUAAUUUAGUUUUUGUAAUGGAUCAUAUUAUGAAUAAAUGAUUAAAGAUCAAA